GCAACACUGUGUCCAUUUUGUUGUGAACAAUUUUUGUUAAUUUUUUAAUUUAAUUUGGAAUAAAACGCACGAUCGUGUAAAAACGCGGCGACAUCUGUAGGCAAAGUACAGCAUGAGCCAGUAGCUUAAAAGAAAAGCAACGGAAAAUCCAACGCGCGCCCAAACGAAACGUAGUUGAAAAAAUGACCAUGGGCGAACGUGAGCCAACUUCGUCUCUCGUUUUGCCCGUUAUUCUAAGGCCUAUUUUCACACAGCUUGAGCGACGCGACGUUGGGGCUGCGCAAUCGUUGCGCUCGGCCAUACUUAAAUCGGAGCAGAAUAAUCCGGGCUUCUGCUAUGACCUCGUUGCGACAAUCGUGCGGCGUGCUGACCUUAAUGUCAACCUCAACGAGGCUGUCUUGCGUCUACAGGGCAACAUCACGGAGCCGGAUUUAAACGAAUAUCGACUGACGCGCACUGAAGAGCCCUUCCAGGAGCUAAACCGAAAAUCUGUAGCACUAAAGGUGAUCCUUAGCCGUAUACCAGAUGAGAUCACCGAUCGCAAAACCUUUUUGGAGACUAUUAAGGAGAUUGCCAGCGCCAUAAAGAAACUGCUCGACGUGGUAAACGAAAUUGGUUCGUUCAUACCGGGCGUCACAGGCAAACAGGCUGUCGAACAGCGCAAAAAGGAGUUUGUUAAAUAUUCCAAGAAGUUCAGCACAACGCUGAAGGAAUACUUUAAGGAAGGACAACCGAAUGCAGUAUUCAUAAGUGCACUUUUUCUAAUACGGCAAACGAAUCAAAUUAUGCUGACAGUUAAGAGUAAAUGCGAGUAGAAAAUUAAAUGUUUAAUUAUGGAAAAAC